CGCGGCCGCGCAGGCUCGGAGCUGACCCUGAUGCGGCCGGCGGCGUCGGGGCGGCCGUGAGGAGACCUCCCCCUCCCCACGACGGUGCCACCUCCCCGGGCCUCGCCCCCGCUCGGCCGCGAGCCCCCUCGCCGCGCUAGCGCCCUCGGAUCUCAGACCGCGCAGGGGCGAGGGGAGCGCCGGCCCGGGGAGGGGGGUCACCGCCGAGGAGCCGCGCUCGCCGACAAGAUGAUCGAGGUGCUGACGGCCCCCGACGCCCAGAAGCUGCUCCAGCAGCUGGACGCGCUGCUGGAGCAGGAGUGGCGGUGUCAGCCCAAGGCCUGCGGCUUGCGGCUCAUCGAAUCCGCGCACGACAACGGCCUGCGGAUGACCGCCCGGCUGCGGGACUUCGAAGUCAAAGACCUCCUCAGCCUCACGCAGUUCUUCGGCUUCGACACGGAGACCUUCUCCCUCGCCGUGAAUUUGCUGGACCGCUUCCUGUCCAGGAUGAAGGUACAACCCAAGCACCUUGGAUGUGUUGGACUGAGCUGCUUCUAUUUGGCUGUGAAAUCCAUCGAAGAGGAAAGAAAUGUCCCACUGGCAACUGACUUGAUCCGAAUAAGUCAAUACCGGUUCACAGUUUCAGACUUGAUGAGAAUGGAAAAGAUUGUACUGGAGAAGGUGUGUUGGAAAGUCAGGGCAACCACUGCCUUCCAAUUUUUGCAGCUCUACUAUUCACUCCUUCAAGAGAACUUGUCAUCUGAAAGGAAAAAUACCCUUAAUUUUGAAAGACUAGAAGCUCAACUUAAGGCAUGCCAUUGCAGGCUCAUAUUUUCUAAAGCAAAGCCUUCUGUAUUGGCGUUGUCUAUCAUUGCGCUGGAGAUCCAAGCACAGAAGUGUGUAGAGUUGACAGAAGGAGUAGAACGUCUUCAGAAACAUUCCAAGAUAAACAGCAGAGAUCUGACCUUCUGGCAAGAGCUUGUCUCCAAGUGUUUAACUGAGUAUUCGUCAAACAAGUGUUCCAAGCCAAAUGUUCAGAAGCUGAAAUGGAUUGUUUCUGGGCGCACUGCGAGGCAGCUGAAGCACAGCUUCUACAGGAUAACCCACCUGCCAACGAUCCCGGAACUGGGCCCUUAAUCGGCAUCUCCAACAACAGAAACCCUGAAGCCUUUCUUUACAGUCCUGAGCUAUGAAAUAUGUUACAACGAAUGUCAACUGUGAAGCCUCAAAACAUCACAACCGGAUUAGGAUGGAAUGUUCUGAGAUUUGAAAAAAACUGCCUAAUUAUGCUAUGUUGGUAUUACCCUUAGGUUUGAGUUCAUCUACGAGGCAUAGAAAUCAAAGCUAAGAGCAUAAAUGUGAAAUACUAAUGACAGGACAAAGCUGGGAAAGUAAACUGUGAAUCUUCAUUCUCAUACUGAUGCAACUUUCUAUACUGAGUCAAUAUACUGUAUUCCGAUGCUAUUUAAAUUUGAAUGUAAAACAGGUUACAACAAAACCAACAUUUCACAAAUGCACUUUUAAGGCAUAGCAAUGGUCACUGUUACAGGUGUGUAAAUGGUUUCUUGGUACCCAUAAUGUUAAGAUAAUCCAGAGGCAUGGAGCUACAUCAGAGUUACAUUUAGAUUUGAGGGCAUUUUCUGUAAAGCAAAACUAUAGUCAUUUUGGCAUAUGACAUUUAAAAAAUUUUUUUCCUAGAAAACGGGUGAUGUUUCUAUCAUAAAAAGGUUUUAUAUAAAAUAUACUGCUUCAAACUAGUCCUAUUGAGAAACUUUUUAUUCUAUUUGUAACUCAAAAAUAACAUCACUCUGAAAAAAAGCAUGCUGAUUUAAUAACACUCCAGAAGUUUUUGCUAAAGUUUUUUAAAUAAAACUCUUCUACUGCUCCUAAUUUAGAAUUUUGAUUAAAAGAGAAUAUACUUUCACUAACUGCCACUGUUGUGCCAAAAUGAUUUUAAGAGAAGAGGCAUUCUCCUGAUGAUAGGGUUGCUGAGGUAGUAUUCUAAUAGGUCAGUAGAUAGAAGGAGAUCAACAGUGUUACAAGCAUUGCAAACUGCAACGUACUGCCACGGAUAGCCACACACGCUGUCUGUAAUCAGUUUUGAUAUCAUGUUAUGGAUAAAUAUGCACUGGGAAGAAAAACACAAAAACCAAAGAACCACAUGGAACCACAGUAUAGCUUAUGACUGUUGUAAAACCAUAUUCUGUGGGUGACUUUUCAGUUUUCCCGAGAGGUUCAUGUAUUUCAAUAUUUGGACUCCAACAGGGCUACUUUUGAGUCAGCAGCAGAACUUGAACCAACUGCCAUUGUGUUUUUGGUACUAAGGCAUCUACCUUUCAAUAAAAUUAUUGAAAUGCA